AAAUCAACAAGAUGUCCGAGUACUGGCUUAUCUCAGCCCCUGGCGACAAAACCUGCCAGCAAACUUUUGAUGCCAUGAAUAAUCUUACCAGCAAACAAAAUAAUUUAUGCAACAACUAUAAAUUUCAUAUACCCGAUUUGAAGGUUGGUACUCUCGAUCAAUUGGUGGGUCUUUCCGAUGAUUUGGGUAAACUUGAUACAUAUGUUGAGCAAAUUACCCGCAAGGUUGCCGCCUAUUUGGGUGAAGUUUUGGAGGACCAAAGAGAUAAAUUGCAUGAAAAUUUACUCGCCAAUAACAGUAAGUCCAAGAAAUUAAUGAAUUUUUUAAUAAAAGUAGUUUAAUAACUAAG